AACCUUUACAGCGAGCAGUUAGGUUCUGAAAAGGUUGAGAUCAUCAAGGACUCAAACGAAGUCGAUACUUCAAAACUUGACGGAGGAAAGGCUUACAUACAGGUGACCUAUGUAGAGCCAUAUUUCGAGGACUGGGAACUGAAAAAGAGACUAACAGUAUUUGAUAAAUCAUUCAACAUCAGACGUUUCUUCUUCAGCACCCCAUUCACACCAGGUGGUAAAGCUCAUGGUGAACUCCACAAUCAGUGGAUGAAGAGGACAGUACUCACCACUGAGAAGAGUUUCCCAUACGUUAAAAGGCGUCUUGAGGUCAUAAGGACUGAUACUGUUAAGCUUAAACCUCUUGAGGUAGCCAUUUUAAAUAUGGAAUCAAAGAUACACGAACUGAAGGCUGUCCUCAAUCGUACUCCUUGCGAUUCAAAACUACUUCAAAUGCAGCUGCAAGGAGGAAUAGCUACAGCUGUUAACCAGGGUCCUUUCGCAAUUGCUAAGUGUUUCCUAGAAGAUGUUCCUCUACCUGAGCAAGGAUAUCUUCAUCAUAAGCUCAAAGUUUGCUUCAAAGAAUUCACCAAGCGUUGUCAAGAAGCUCUUGAAAGGAAUGAGGAGUUGAUUGGAGAGGAGCAAUACGACUAUCAGAGAGAACUUGUGAAGAAUUUCAAGAACUUCCAGAGUCAGCUACAACCAAUGGUCAGCACUCAAAAGAAGAUGAGUCAUUCAAAGAAAGCAAGGUAAGUGAGGAAGGAGGGAGGGAAAGAGAACGGUUACUUAUAUGUGACCAUACCAUAAUUGGCAGAAGGUACAUGUACUUUAUGGUAGAUAGUAAAAUUUGUCUUUGUAGCCAAAAAAAUCCAACUUCCUGAGCUCCAUUUAUC